UGAAUAGACAACAGGCUCUUCGCUUUAAGAGCCUGGUGACGCGAGGCUAGUUAGCAGUAGCCUAAUUUUAAGGGACUUGGGACGUACCCCGUGUUUAGUUCGGUUAGCAGAGCGAAUUAACGUCCACUGAUCUAAAUAACGUCAGAAAAACAAACCGCCAGAGUUAAUUAACCGGAGCAGAGAUGGACCGACACCAGAAACUGCUGCCUGACGUCACGGACGCGGGUUUAAACCCGAGAGGAAUAAGAAAAGGUGGUGUGGUGAAAGAGGAGCAGCAGGAGUGGAGCUGCUGUGUGGACCAGGAGGACCCAGAGCCCCCACACAUUAAAGAGGAAGAGGAGGGAGAGCAGCUUCACCAGCUGGAGGAGGCUGAUAUCACCAAGUUAUCAUUCACUCCUGUCCCUGUGAAGAGUGAAGAUGAUGAAAAGAAACCUCCAUCUUCCCAGCUUCAUCAAACAGAGGCUGAUGGAGGGAAUUGUGAAGGACCAGAACCAACCAGGAACUCAGAUCCAGACCCAGAUUUAGAACCAGAGACUGAAGACAGGUGUGGAGACUCAUCUGAGGCGGAGACUGAUGACAGUGAUGAUUGGACAGAGAGCAGAGAAGCUCCUGUCAGUGAUUCAUCAUGUAGAGCUGGAGAGAAACCGUUCAUCUGCUCUGAGUGUGGGAACACAUUUGGUCGUAAAGACAAUCUGCAGCAACACAUGAAAACUCAUACUGGAGAGAAACCGUUCAGCUGCUCUGAGUGUGGGAAAAGAUUUUGCACAAAAGCAAAGUUGAAGAUUCACAUGAGAACUCAUACUGGAGAGAAACCGUUCAGCUGCUCCGUCUGUAAGAAAUGUUUCACACAGAGAGGGAAUUUACAGACACACAUGAAGAAUCACUCAGGAGAGAAACCGUUCAGCUGCUCCAUUUGUGAUAAAAAAUAUGUGUGUAAAGCUGAUCUAAUGAGACACAUGAAAACUCAUACAGGAGAGAAACCAUUUGUUUGCUCAGUUUGUGCUAAAACAUUUAUGGACAGAACAAACCUGACGCAGCACAUGAGUGUUCACACAGGGGAGAAAAGAUUCCGCUGCAGUUUUUGUCACCAAAGAUUCAUUUGGUAUAAUCAGCUGCAAAGACAUAAAUGUGCUGGUCCCCAGUCGUCACAGUGUCAUCAGACUCAAACUGAGGAGGAUAGAGGGGCGGAGCCUCAAGCCAGCAGGUCAGGAGCUGAUGGAGAGCACUGUGGAGGACCAGAACCAACCAGGAUCUCAGAUCCAGAUUUACAACCAGACACUGAAGACAAGACUGGAGACUCAUCUGAAGCGGAGACUGAUGACGGUGAUGAUUGGACGGAGAGCAAAGAAGCUCAGUCAGGUUUAAAGUCUCCCAUCGGUGAUUUAUCGUGUAGAGUAGGAGAGAAACCAUUCAGCUGCUCUGAAUGUGGGAACAGAUUUGGCCAGCAGAUAGAUCUGAAGAUACACAGGAGAUGCAGUCAUCCACGAGAGAAACCGUUCAGCUGCUCUGUUUGUCAGAAAAGUUUCACAGAGAAAUGGCAUUUACAGAGACACGAGAGAAUUCACUCAGGAGACAAAAGAUACAGCUGCUCUGUUUGUCUACAGAAGUUCACGUGGCGUCGUGAGCUGAAAAAGCAUCCGUGUGAAGGACCGAAACCCGCCAGGAGCCGAGUCCUGCUGCCACGCCCCCCCACUGAUCAGCCCGUACUAUUUGUGUACCUGUAGGUAGUCAGUACUUCUGCUGACAUGAAUGAGGUACUGAGAGCCAAUAUCAGACUCAUGUGUUUAUGGUGACAUGGGAUUCAUGUUUGUAUAUUUAGACUGAACUUUACAGAGUUCUUGAUCGACUGAAAAAUACUCUGUUACAGCAAUACAGAUUAAAAAUGAAACAUGUUAAGUGAUCAAUCAGUCAAUCAAUCAAUUCAAUCAAUCAAUUUUAUUUAUAAAGCCCAAUAUACAAAUCACAAUUUGCCUCACAGGGCUUUACAGCAUACGACAUCCCUCUGUCCUUAUGACCCUCGCAGCGGAUAAGGAAAAACUCCCCAAAAAAAAACCCUUUAACGGGGAAAAAAAACAGUAAAAACCCC